UUAAGACUGUUCGUGAGUGUAUAUUCAAAGGGAGAGAAAAGCCCAUUUCAAUGAUGUCAACAGAAUGCGUUCAGCCCCUUGAUAUCCCAGAAGACAGACUGGACAAGCGAGAUUCACACUGUAACCAUUUAGCAGAAGAUCUUUCAGAGCAGCUGAUUAAGAGCUGUGACCUCAAAAAGAAACCAAGAAAAAGUAAAACCAUCCCAGCUUCCCAAAGCACUGAACAGGAACAAAAAAAGCCAAGGAGAAAGGAUACACCGGCUUUACAUACCCCACCACCUCUGACAGGCAUACUCUCAGACUUUUCUGAUAACCUGCUGAAAAGGUAUGGCAUCACAGAGAAGCCACAGAAGGAGAGAGUGAGUCCAGGCUCUCAGAUCACCGAACUGGAGCAGAAAAAGCCCAGGAGAAAAGAUACGCCUGCAAUACACAUCCCACCCUUGAUAAUAGGCACUAAGCUGCUUACAGAAGACAAGCAAACAGUGAUUAUGGAAGAUGAAGAAAAGGAUGGAGACACAAUCCCCAGUUAAGAUUACAGUGGUAGUUCCAAUAAUGCUGUGUAAAUAAUUCUGGGUCAUUCAAAGUGGCAGCACAUAGAAAAAAAAGUCCUUUCAUUUUUAUAAAUAAUAAUUUUCUCAAGCAUGCACUUGAAUUGAAAUAAUCUUCAAGUGCUUAUCAGCAUCUCAUGAAAUCCCAGCAAUCAUCAUAAGGGAUGAUGACAGAAAUUUCACUUACGUGUGGGGUUGGAAGGAUUCUUUUGGCUUGCUAGAAGCAGCUUCCCAGGAUUUUUGUCACUGAGGAAUCUAGCAGUGUCGUGAUGAGGGUUAACAUAAAAGACACUGCCAAGCCAGUGUACCUGGAACUAGAUACUAGAGCAGUUGGUAGCACAGAGCAGUAAAAUAUCAAUUAAUGAUUCAAACAGCAUUUUUCUCCUGACAUUUUACCUCAUUGUCCAGCUUUCCUCUGCUGGAGUAACACUGACAGCAGUGAAAAUUCCCACAUGCAAAGCCAAUGGGAUAGAUGGAAAAGGUGAGAGGGCAGGAAUCUUGAGUCCCUGAAAUGCAAAGGAAACACUUCUGCCUGUAUCCUCCCGUGACUUGUGUUUGUGAGGAGAAAAAAAUAGAUUUACUGUAGAAUGAAAACAUACAGCUAAGAGCUGUCAGCAAUGGCACAUCAAACAGGACGGAGGGCAGAGCUCUCAGAAGAGAAACAUAUGGGAAGUGCAACGCUUGCCUGUUACACCAGUGUAGACUAUUGAUUUUUUUUCUUUCAAAGGUUGUAUUCCUGGGUUGGUGAAAGAUAAGCUAGUUUGAUAGUUGAUCCUUUCACUCCAUACUUUUUCUGUUGACAUCUGCUUUUUAAACUGAGUUCUAGGUUGUCAGCUAGGAGGGGCUCUAAAGAUUAAAAAUCACAGUGGCAGAGUAAAAAUUGAGUAAAAGGAAUAGUGUUACUCAAUGUACUACAAGGUGGAACACCACCACGCUUUAUUUUUAAUAGUUUACCUCAUUGAUUCAAUCAAGAAUUGUCUUCACAGCCAGCUACAGCCUUCAGCAUCUGUACAAACAGAGACUGACACUUGUAGAAUAUCAUACAAAAUAGGUAGAGCUGGCUAGUUUUGUGCUUACCUUAGUAGUUCUGUGCUAGAUGGAGCAGCACUGCCGCCUGGCCCCUUAGGGACCUCAGCAGAGAGGUUAAAGAUUAACUAGCCUGGCAGACUGAAUUUAGUCAUCUUUUAACAGCCUUAGGCAGACAGCUGAGGAGCACACUAGUUUGGACUUCAUCUGCCACGGUGACUGACCCAGCACCUUUCACAAGAAUGCAGUCCAUUUGCAGAUACUCAGCUUCAAGAUGUAACCAACAAGCUUAUAAUAAAUGAUCUUGUAUUAAAGUGUAUGAGAGGCCAGCUAUAUUAUUAAUGGGAUGCCUGAUACCUAGGAAGCGUACUAUUUUUUUUUUUAAUCCUGUUAAUCUGUCAGUGAGCUGAAAUUUUAAAUAUAAUCAAUCAAUAGUUCAUGUAACAACAUUCAUGCAAGGUACACAAUAAAGUAUGUCACAGCAAGUACAUGACAAGAAAUAAGUGCAAUUUGAGUCUAGCUUUACCAGUGAAGUUGGUGAAUAUUUUCAGUGCACAGUAUGGCAAAAGUGAGAGUGUGGGGGCCUGAGAAGAUUCAAAUGAACAUCAGCAAUGGAUUAGCUGUGAAAAUGCACGUGUUUAGACAUGAAGGCCCUUAACAACACAAGGCAAGAGCACAAAUAGGAUGUAACCAACUCCACUGCUCUGAAGAGGAUUUGUUCCCAAGCCUGGAAAAUGCUGACACAGCUUAA